UUCGGAAUGGAAAAUCGCAUUUACCUUUGACAAAAGUAUUGAUUACUUUUGCUAUUGAGAAUAGUUACAAAAUUGUAUGUAAACAAAAAAACACAUUGAGAAUAUUGAAAAAUGGACAAGCCGCAGCAAGUGGCGAAUAAAGAAGUGGACUUGGAGUGGAGAUGCUGUUGCAACUGCAAGCGGAAGCUCGAUCCCUAUCAGAUAUUUGAGGAGAACAUCGAGGACAUCGCAAAGAGUCUGGCACAGAUAAUGGUUAUAUGUGGCAUUAAUACGAUCAAGUCCUGCAAUGCCAGAUCGAUUAUAAAGCGAGCGUUUGUCUACCACGAGAAGAUCCGGACACGUUGCUCAACGCUUCCUCCAGAGAAUACGCAUCUGCAUCGGGAUGACAUGUUGCAGGCACUGCGAAUCAAGUGUGAAAUGGAGAGUGUUGAGGCGAUGUUAACGUAUGCGAUUAUUAAGCGAGCCUUUAAGGCCUUUUUCCAUGGCAAACCGGACAGGACGAUCAGCAAUCCCUUUGUGGAUGCCAUGACCAUACAUAAACAGAAGCCAGCUUGGUUGCAUGCCGCAUACAAGACGGCCAGGAUCUUUGAGAACUACAAGACGGCAUUCUUCUGGGCCCACAAGUCCUACGAGAAGCAGAUAAAUCUCGUCUAUCGCGGGCUAUACGAUCGCAUGAGUGCCAGGUCGAAUCCACUAAUGGCACCGAUUUGUUCCUGUCGCAAUUGCUCCAAGAAGGAGGUGCCAGGACAUCCUAAGCCCGGCGAGAAGGUGCACGAGAAGUUCAAGUUGGCAGACUGUGCCGAUCUGCCCAAGGAGUGCAUCCUGUGUGGUCUACAGAUGCCCAAGAUUAUACCGGAAGGAAGGCAUAAGCGACCUCGUCCCGUAAUCAACCAUGAGAUUAAAUUGCCACGUUGCACCACUUGCAACUCGCCGCUGCUCAUCUGUGAGUGCAACAUUGACCAGUUGACCGGUGAGUUGUAUGGCGAGUGCGGUCAGGACUCCUACAAGGUCAAGUGGUAUCGAUUGGAGGAGGAGCCAGAGCAAGCCAAGAAACAAAGCAUGGAACAACCAGAUACAAGUUAUGAGGAUGCACUGGAGCCCUCAAUUGAUUGGGAGAAUCAUCAUUGUCCCAUCGACUGUGUGCCUGACAGCAACAGUGAAUCCUCAAAUGUGUGUCAUUCCGAUCAACUCUCUAGCUCAACUGCGGAUGAAAGUGGUUCCUCCUUUACCACCUGCUCGGAUACCGGCAGUUUGAAUGUUGUCGAAAAGUUGGAGAAGUAUCUCAACAAACUGUGGGCCGAAGAUGUUGCCUCCCAAAGGAAUCCCAAUUCCUAUUUACCCAAAACUGUGUUUCCACCUCAAACGCCAUGCGAGCCUUGUAAUCGAAAGUGAAUACGAACUUUCCUUUCAUUUAUUUUGGCAUCUUGUUAAUUUUGCACUAAAAUAUAUACUAUCUUAAUCGUAGUUUAUUGCACAUA